AUGUCAGCGGUGGACGGUCAGAGAGGUGGCGGCGCCUGGUCGGCGUCCUUUGGAGCUGCAAGCCGAGAAAGGUCGACAAGCGCCGCCACUGGUACCGGUCCUGAGACACCGUCCGCGAGCGGACACGAGCCAUGCGCGCCCACUGCGACACGAGGGAUUGAUUGCAUCCCUCGACAGGCCGCAGGCUUGGAAAAGCAAAGUGCGACACCUGUCGAACAGUCGGCCCUCCCACAAAAUGAGCAGGAAGCGUUCGGGUUUUCGUAUUCUGCCCCAGACAUAUCGAAUACCAGUUUGGCAUCUGCGAAAGAGCGACAAGGACCCAAACUGGCAGUGGGCACCGAAACCGAGAAGAACAUGCCCGUGACCGCGGCAAAGCUUGGCGAGGGCGACGAGCAGCCAAGAGGCACCGAACAUGCGUUCGGUAUCGAGAUGAGCAGCACCAACUCCUACGACGCGGCUCGCGACUCUUUCAAAGCACUACGGUCGCCUUUGACGCAUCCCAACGGGGUGCCAAUCUUCCCAGACCUGUCCACCGAGCAGCAAGUGUCGGAAGCCUCCGAGGCCACGUCACAAGCCGAAAGUUCCAUCGUAGCGGAUAGCGAUGAGCUGGAUUCCACGUUUGACGAAACAGACCCGUCCGAUGCCGGGUAUGCGAGCGACAGCGCAACGAAUGCCAGCACGUCCAUCGAGUCGUCAGUCCGAGACUACAUGUACGAGAACGGGCGACGAUAUCACCGAUUCCGCGAAGGACAGUACAACUUCCCCAACGAUGAGAUGGAGCAGGAACGGGAGGAUAUGAAGCAUGCGAUGGUUAAGUUGCUGUGCAACCAAAAGUUGAAUUUUGCGCCGAUCGGCGAGUGGCCACAGCAGGUUCUGGACAUCGGGACCGGGACAGGCGCCUGGGCCAUUGAGAUGGGCGACGAAUAUCCCAGCGCAACGGUGCUCGGGGUCGAUCUCAGUCCGAUCCAGCCGGAGUGGGUGCCGCCGAACGUCAAGUUCGAGGUGGACGACGUCGAAAGCCCGUGGCUGUAUCCGGCGAACCACUUUGACUACAUCCAUUCCCGGCACACAGUCAUGGCCAUCAAAGACUGGGGUGCCCUCUUCCAGCGAUCGUUCGAGCAUCUCAGGCCCGGCGGUUGGAUCGAACUCCAGGAGAUUCACCAUGCCCCCCUGUCAGCAAACAACUCCGUGUCGGUGACGGCGCAUCCGGUGGCACGGUACUGGGGCCAUGUGGCGCAAGGGCUUUCGAAUCUCGGCAUCGACCUCAACGCGGCAGCAGGUGACCGGCUGCCCAACAUGAUGCGUGAAGCUGGCUUCGUCAACGUGACGGAGAGGGUGUUUCAUGUGCCGAUUGGGGUAUGGCCUCGGAACCGAGUGCUCAAGACGGUGGGCAUGUACUGGAGAACCAUCCUCCUCGACGGGCUCCAGGCCAUUGCUCUCGGGCCCUUCACCAGGGGGCUGCACUGGUCGGCGGAGCAGACAGAGGUGUUCCUUGUCGAGGUGAGGAGGGCGUACCACGACACUUCGGCGCUGAUGUAUAUGCCGUUAAAGAUCAUGUACGCGCAGAAGCCGAGGAGCGUAUAG